CACGAUAACAUUAUCAGUUAUCAAGAAAAACCGAAGUGAAAACGUAAAAAAAUACUAUGAACUUUUGCACUUUUUAACCAAAGUUUCGCUUUUGAUUUUGCAAAAUGGGACUAGCGGAUGUUGAUUAUUUCGGCUUUGCCUAUGCCGUAGCCGUAGCAGCCGGAGGUAUUGUCGGGUAUGUCAAAGCUGGUAGUAUUCCCAGUUUAGGAGCUGGACUGGUUUUUGGAUCGAUAUUAGGUUACGGAGCAUACAGAGUAACUCAAAAUCCUCACGAUAUUUACUUAUCUUUGGGUACCAGUUUGGUUUUAGGAGGUAUAAUGGGUGUGAGGUAUUACAAUUCAUCAAAAUUCAUGCCCGCUGGAUUAAUCGCACUUUUAAGCUUAGCUAUGGUAAUCAAAUUAUCAUACCGAGGAAUUUCGGAUUUGGUUGAGAAUCAGAAACAUAAUUAAUAAGAAUUUUUUCUUUGGUCUUUUGUGUAACAGGUUCUGAAAAUACUUUUCGUUUCUUAAUUUUAUAAAGUGUCGCUGGAAUUUUAAACUGCUAUUUUAUACGAUGGAUUUUUCUAUCACAAACCAAAAAGUUGGGAGUAGCAUCACUUUGUUUUCUAAGUGUAGUUUUUAUCAUUAUUUUAAUUUUUUAUAAUAAUCAGGUAGUAAAAUUUUAUUUCUUAGUAGGUACAUACUGUACGUUGUAAUGCAGAGAUUACUUCGGUUUAUUUUCGACGAGUUAUCUGAAAUGUUUAUUUCGUAUAAUUUUUCCAUAUCUAACUAGGAUAUAAUAAUAGCACGAUCUAACGAGAUGGGUAAAUUUACAAUACUUUAAAUUGUACAUAAUAAUUCUAAUUUACAUUUUCUAAUUCUUUUACAUCACCUCGAAGACUGAACACUUAUUUCUCAUGAACUCGGAAGCAUUUUAUAGAAAAUAAAUUCUUAAAUUUAUACAAACCCAACUCAGGUAUUUUUGUUAUUACAGUUUUACCCAUUUCUAUACAUUUUUUACCAACCGUAGAUUAUCUUUGUAUUUAAUAUAAAAAUCACAUUGUACCUACAAUGGUAAAAAAAAUACAUUUUAUACAAAUUAA